AUGGAGGUUGCCGCUGUCAGCGCGGCGCGUUGGGUGCUGAGCAAGGCGUUAGGCCCUGUCACGGACGGCCUGUUGGAGGCAUGGGCGGCCAGUGCGGGGCUCGGCCCCAACGUUGAGACCCUCAAGAUGGAGCUCCUAUACGCGCAAGGGAUGCUCGAGAACGCGCAGGGAAGGGAGAUCCGGAGCCCUGCGCUGAAGGAGCUGCUACUUAAGCUGCAGCAGCUGGCGUAUGGUGCUGACGACGUGCUCGACGAGCUUGACUAUUUUCGCAUCCAGGACGAGCUUGGCGGCACCUACCAUGCCACCGACGUGCACGAUGGGGGCUGCGUGCACGGCCUCAUCCUAAACACACGCCACACUGCUAGAGCUGUUGCAAGGAAGCUGAAGCUCUCCUCGGGCUCGCGUGAAGCAAGCCGUGGCGAUCCUGACCCUGAUGAGCAUGAAGAUGGGGCAAAGCAAGGAUGCUUCUCUGUCAUCUGUUCGUGUGGCAGGCGUGCGAUUGGCUCCACACCAAAUUCGCCCAACAUCCAGAGUGACCAGAAUGGCGGGUGCAUAUCAAAGGUGGCUUUGAGUGCUCGCCGGGCUGCACAUACUAUAGGAAAUGGAUGGCCAAGGUUCUAUUGUGCUUGUUCAUCCAGGGUUCAAAUUCAGGAGGGAAAACGUGUUGUGCAGAUACCAAAAUUGAACUUUGACAGGGUGGAUAUAUCCAGUAAGAUGAAAGACAUUGUAGAGAAGCUAAGGCCUGUAUCUGCCAAGGUCUCCACCAUUCUUAAUAUGGAGCUGUUGGGUUCUGCUAUUCUUAAGCUCGAGCAAUUUGGCUCCAACCGUACCACAACCCAAAACAGUGCUAUGGGCCGUCUGAAGACCACUCCAGACAUUAUAGAACCUAAGUUGUAUAGGAGGCAUAAUCAGAAAAAGAUUAUUAUAGAUGGCGUUAAGAAUGAAGAAUAUUUUUCAGAUGGCCUAGUGGUGCUUCCAAUUGUUGGUCCUGGGGGUAUUGGGAAGACAACUUUCACACAACACAUAUUUAACGAAGUGAAGGGUCAUUUUGAGGUCCCAAUUUGGUUAUGUGUCUCCCUCAAUUUUAAUGCUAGUAGGUUGGCACAAGAAGCAGUGAAAAUAAUUCUUGAAGUUGAUGGUGAAAACAAAAAGGGUAGUGAUCAAGAGCGAAUUGAACAGAGAUUGAAAGCCAAACGGUUUUUACUUGUGCUAGAUGACAUGUGGACUUGUCACGAAGAUGAGUGGAAAAAACUACUAAGAUCAUUUAGAAGAGGGGGAGAAAAGGGGAAUAUGAUCAUAGUGACAACUCGAAUUCCAGAAGUGGCAGAUAUGGUUAAGACAAUUGAUUGUCCAAUAAAAAUGGAUCGUCUAGAAGACAAAGAUUUUAUGGAUUUCUUUGAAGCAUGUGUGUUUGGUCACCAGAAGGCAUGGGAAGAUCAUCCUGAAUUGCGUGAUGUUGGGGAGAAAAUAGUGAGCAAUUUGAAGGGUUUCCCUCUUGCAGCAAAAACCGUGGGUAGAGUACUAAGAAACCAACUUACUUUGGACCAUUGGACAAGAGUUCUAGAAAGCAAAGAAUGGGAACUACAGACCAAUGAGAAUGACAUUAUGCCAGCUCUAAAACUUAGCUAUGAUUAUCUUCCUUUCGAUCUACAACGAUGUUUUUCAUAUUGUUCUUUGUUUCCUGAAGAUUAUGAAUUUGGUAUGAAAGUUUCAUCAUACGAAUGCAUUACAAUACUUAGUUCCAAUGUCAGGUCCAUACAAAUCCCAACUUCAGUUCGCCACUUGUCCAUCAUCAUAGAUGACAAAGAAGUUGAGAACAAAGAAAAUUUUGACAACUUCAAAACGGAACUAAGAGAACUGGACAAAAGACUGAAUACUGAAAACCUACGUACAUUGAUGCUUUUUGGGAGACACCAUGGAAGCUUUGCCAUGAUUUUUGGUCACUUAUUUAGAAAUGCUAAUGCCCUUCGCGCUAUUUAUUUGUCUGAAGCAUCAUAUAUUGUGGAGGAUGUGUUGAAUAACUUUUCAAAACUUGUCCAUCUUCGGUACCUAAGGAUCAAGUCGAAGUACAUGGAGGACAUAUGCUUGCUGAGUUCUCUGUCUAGACUUUAUCAUUUACAAGUCAUAGAUCUGCAGGAGUGGGAACGUUGCUCUGGUUCCGUAAGAGAUAUAAACAACCUUGUAAAAUUGCGUCACUUUCUUGUGCCAAAAGACAGGCUUCAGCUUCACUCUAUCAUAGUUGAGGUGGGGAAACUAAAAUUAUUACAGGAACUAAGAAGCUUUGAAGUUGGAAAAGAAAGCAAGGGCUUUGAACUAAGUCAGCUAGAGCAACUAUCGGAACUUGGAGGUUCACUUGCCAUUGGCAAUCUGGAAAGGACACAAACAACGAAAGAAGCAAGUGAGGCAAAACUGAUACACAAAAAUCGUUUACACAAGCUGACAUUAGAAUGGGAUGUCAAUAGACCUAACAAGGAUCCAGCACACGAAGCAAAUAGUCUGGAGGUUAUGAAACCACAUAGCAAUAUUCGUGGCAUAUGCAUUAGAGGGCAUGGAGGUACUAAUUGCCCAAAAUGGCUAGGUGAGGACCUCUUUGUUAAAAAUCUGGAAUCUCUUCGUCUGGAUGAUGUAUCUUGGAAACAUUUUCCACCAAUUGGAGAACUGUGGAUGGUCAAUGAGCAUGCGUUGUCAUUUUCCCAUUCGACCUGCUGUCAACAACAGAAAGAGGCCAACAUGAAGUGGUUUCCUAGACUACGGGAGCUCAAAAUAAAAAAAUGUCCAAAAUUGUUGUCUUUUCCUCCUGUUCCUUGGACUAGGGCUCCGUGCUCAGCUGAGAUAGAAGGAGUUGGUUCAGGCCUUGAGGAACUUGUUUGUAAAGAGAAUUACAAAUCUGAAUAUUGCUUGGAAAUUAAGAUGAAGGGUGCUCUGGUUAGUGAGUUAUGGAAUAUGUUGGCCUUUGAUAAUCUAAAUGAAGUAAAAGAGUUGAAGAUGGACACAUGCCCUCCUCUCCCACUGCAUCACUUCCAAAUGCUAUCAUCCCUAAAGAGCCUCAGGUUAAUCGGAGCUUCAAGUAUUGUCUUUCCGUUGGUAGAAGGUGAGAGGCAUGCCGAAUAUCAAUCUCCAGUUGAAUGCAUAACCAUUAGUCAGUGGGAUGCUAGUGCGAAGGAGUUGACACAGCUACUGACUUAUUUCCCCAACCUCUCUGAACUGAAUGUGUGGUCGGGCAAGAAGAUUACAUGGCUAGCUGCAGUGGAGAAGCAGGCAACAGAAACACCUGCGCUGGUAUCUUCAGAUAAUAAAGUAGACGACGAUGUAGAAAUCGAGCAGCAGGAAGGCACAAGAGGAGAGGAGGAAAUAGACGCAUCAUCAGCAGAAGGGCUGCUGCUCUUGCCUUCCCAACUACAGAAGUUGUUGAUAUACAACUGCCCAGAGCUGAGCCUCUGCUCAUGCUCCGGUCCAGCCGACUACAAGUACAACAAAGAAGCAGGACGAACUAGUACAGGAAGAGGGCUCCAAGUGCGACAAGCUGCAGGGCUUCAAGGACUACGCAACCUCAAGAGAUUAAACAUCUGGAGUUGUGCGGCCAUCCGGUCGCUGCCCAAGGAUGGCCUCCCAAUUUCACUGCAAGAGUUGGUGUUAGCCAACUGUCCAGCCAUCCGGUCUCUGCCCAAGGACUGCCUCCCAAGUUCACUACACGAGUUGAAUAUAAUCGAUUGUCCAGCCAUCCAGUCUCUCCCCAAGGACUGCCUCCCAAGUUCACUGCAAAAAUUAGUGAUCAGAGGAUGCCCAGCCAUUCGAUCGCUGCCCAAGGCGAAUGACCUACCAAGUCCACUCCGAGAAUUGGAUGUCCGGGAUAGCAAAAACGAGGAGCUAAGAAGGCAGUGCCGCAAGUUGAUUGGAAUCAUUCCAGUUGUCUACGCCUGA